AUGCUAAACGGUGAACCAUCGUCAUCGUGUAAAAAUGGAAUCUGGAUUCCGUCCUUGGGUAGUUGCCAACCUGGUUUAGGUUUAUCGAGCAAGAAGCGAAACUGCGAUCCCAUAUCUGGUCCUAAAAAUGCAAAAAUAUUCUAUAUACAGUCUGAAAUAAAGUCGAAGUACGAAGUUGGUUCCAUGGCGAUUUUAAUUUGUGACAAAGGCUUUGCGGUACAUGGUCGUUCUACUGCGACUUGUACCAAUCAAGGAUGGUCGAAUGAUGUAGGAUUCUGCCAGAUAAAUAAUUCUUUCAAUUUUUAA